AUGGCGACUGAUCCUACCCAGGAUGCCAAGCGAUUCCGAAAGUUCCCAUCACAAAGAAACCCCAAUCCGUCUGCGCAUGCGUCACUGGUCCGGUGCAUUGUGGUCCGUGGUUGGCAAGGCGACGGAGGCGCCGUGGAGCAGUGCGGGUCACCGAGUAACUCGGUGAACGGUGUGAGUGAGGCUGCGGUACCGACUCUUGGUGGGACGUCCCGGACGGCUGGCGCUUGUGGCAGUGCGACGGGGCUGAGGGUGCAGGAGUCGGCUCGUAACCCGCCCCGCCAUCCGACAGGGUGGUGGCUGAUGGACGGCCCCGCACCUCCCUCGUCCCCUCGGUACUCGCAACAUCUGUCUGAACGCACUCAGUGGCUCAGCCUCCACAACUCCUCAGUACAGGUGGGGAUGAGAUCCCGGAGCAGUGGUGGGGAAUCCCCAUCCCAUGGCCAUGCUUCGAGCAAUAACAGCCACGAAGAUGACAAAGAUGUUUGCACAGGCAGCAAAAAGAAGAACAAAGCUCAAUGGCAAGGUUUUGGAGAAAAGACAGUGGGGCUCACGGGUCCUGCAAAGAAACCUCGGAAGUCUUUGGAAGAAAGUGAACGAAAAAAGAAGUUACUGGAACUCUCCAAAGAUGACCUUCUGCGUCUGCUCAGUAUAAUGGAAGGAGAGAUAGAGGCUCGAGAGGAUGUCAUUCACCUGCUGAAGUCAGACAAGAUUAAUCCAGAGUCUCUUGAGGCUUAUUAUGGCCUGGCUGUUCCUGAGAAGAUUUUGCGGACAUUGUAUCGAGAUGCCUGUCACUUCCAGGAGAAGGCCCCAGGGGAGGAUGUGUACGAGAAGCCCAUGGCAGAGCUGGACAUGCUGGUGGAGAAGCACAGAGAGACCUAUCGCCGUAUGUUGGAACAACUGCUUCUAGCUGAAAAGUGCCACAGGCGAACUGUGUAUGAAUUGGAAAAUGAGAAGCACAAGCACACAGAUUACAUGAACAAGAGUGACGAUUUCACCAACCUCCUUGAGCAGGAUCGAGAGAGGUUGAAGAAACUGCUUGAACAGGAAAAGUGCUACCAAGCUCGGAAGGAGAAAGAGAACAACCGACGGCUGGGCCGGGUGCGAGAGGAGUUGGUGAAGCUGAAGUCAUUUGCACUAAUGCUGGUGGACGAACGGCAGAUCCACAUCGAGCAGCUCGGCCAACAAACCCACAAGGUGCAGGAGCUCGUGCACAAACUCCGAGAGGAGGAAGAGAAAGUCAGGAGCAGUGACGAGAGAGCCAGGGAGGAGGCGCAGAAGGUAUUCCAGCUGGAAGCAGAACUUGAACACAAAUCUGCCAAGUCCGUGCAGGACCUCGACGAGAUGACAGCUAAACUGGCCAACCAGGAGUCCCAGAACCGCCAGUUACGGCAGAAGCUGUCAGCUCUGGCCCACCGGUUUGAGGAGCUGGAGGAAGCCAACAAGAGCCUCCAGAAAGCGGAGGAAGAACUGCAAGAGCUGCGGGACAAAAUUAGGCAAGGGGAGUGCGGCAACUCCAGCCUCAUGUCCGAGGUGGAGAGCCUACGCAAGCGGCUGCUGGAGAUGGAGGGAAAAGACGAGGAGAUCACCAAGGCAGAGGAUCAGGGCAGGGAGCUGAAGAAGAAACUGCAGCAGGAAGAGCUCCACAGCAGCAGCUUGAAGUUGGAGGUGGAGAAACUGCAGAAGAGAAUGGUGGAGUUGGAAAAACUGGAAGGCGCUUUCAACAAAAGCAAAUCAGAAUGCUCCCAACUGCACAUCAGCCUGGAUAAAGAAAAGGCUCUGAGCAAAGAUCUGUUCAACGAGUUGGAAGCAGUUAAAGCUCGCGUGAAGGAACUGGAAUCCUCUGAGGCCAGACUGGGAAAGAGCGAAUUCAGCUUGAAAGACGAUCUGACAAAGCUGAAGUCGUUCACAGUGAUGCUGGUGGACCAGAGGAGAGGGGUGGCCGAGAAGCUGAACCAAGAAGAACAGAAAGUCAACGAACUCAACAACAAGCUCAAGGAGGAGCAAAGCAAAACCACAGAGGUAACAGAGAAGCUGAUCGAAGAGAGCAAGAAGCUCCUCAAACUGAAGUCUGAGAUGGAGGAGAAGGUGUCCACCUUGCUCAGCGAGAGGGAAGAACUGGUGGUGAAGCUCAAGAGCGAGGAGCAAAGGUCCAGCGAGCUGAACCUCCGCUUCGGCCUGCUGAAGAAGAGGCUGGAGGAGGCCGAGAGCGACGCUCUGCGAAGUCGAGCCACCCCAGAGGCUGACCGUCCUCCCGAGGAAGCACAGCCGGACAGCCCCAAAGUGAGGGAGCUGACGCUGGAGGUGGAGCGCCUGAGGUCCCGGCUGCAGCAGCUGGAGGUGGUGGAGGGCGACCUGAUGAAGACGGAGGACGAGUACGACCGACUGGAGCAGAGGUUCAGGACCGAGCGCGACAAGGCCGACCAGCUGAGCCAGCAGCUGGAGGAGAUGCGGCAGCAGGUCAGCCGGAGCGAGCAAGGAGACGGCGGCGGCCGGGAGGCCGAGGCCCGCGGGCGGCUGCGGCUGGAGGAGGGCCGGAGCCGGGAGCUGGCGGCCGAGGUGAGGGCGCUGAAGGAGAAGAUCCACGAGUUGAUGCAGAAGGAGGACCAGCUGUCGCAGCUGCAGGCCGACUACUCGCGGCUGCGGCGGCGCUGCCAGCAGGAGGAGGACCGCAACAAGGACAUGGGCCUGGAGGUGGUCAGCCUGGCCCGCGAACUAGAGCUCUCCAAGCGCUGCGGCCGCGCCCUGCGGCCCAGCACGGACGGCCGCCGCAUGGUGGAGGUGCCGCUCGCCUCCACCGCCGUGCAGACGGACGGCGCGGCGGGCGACGAGGACGAGCACAACGCCGCCGUCUUCAUCCGCCAGUCGGUGCAGGAGGAGAACCACCUGAUGAGCCACCUGCGCCAAGGCAGCCUGAGGAGGCCGCCGGCCGUGCUCGACCGCUACCCGCCAGCCGCCGGCGAGCGCCGCUCCUGGAUCCCCUGGGCCAAGCGGCGGGAGGCAGGUCCCGGCCCCGACAAGCCGCUGCUCGUCUCCGGGAAACAAGGGCAGCCGCUCCACAUCCGAGUGAUGCCGGACCAGGGCGGCAGCACGGCCACGCUGGAGAUCACCAGCCCGGCGGCCGAUGACUUCUUCUCCAGCAGCGCCGUCAUCCCCACGCUGGGGCCUCACAAGCCCCGCAUCACCAUCAUCCCGGCGCCCAAGGCCUCGGAGGGCCGCUUCUCGCCCGAGCGCCCGGCCUCGCCCGUCACCAUCACCACCUUCUCCCGGCCCGGUUCCCCCCCGGGCCGCCCUCAGCCUCGGCCGAGCUCCCCCGACGUCUCCUCGUCCCCCAUCCAGAUCGUGACGGUGAGCACGGUCCCCGGCUGCGAGCCGGCCCUGGGCCCCGAGCCGCAGGAGCUGCCGGUGGGCCGGGCCGUGUUCAGGGUGAGCCCGGACAAGCAGCAGCAGCAGGGAGCCGGCCGGAGGUACAGCCCCAACGCCAACAUCAUCACCACGGAGGACAACAAGAUCCACAUCCACCUGGGCACCCAGUACAAGCGGCCGGCCGGCGGCUGCUCUGAGCCCGGCGCCCCGCUCAUCACAGUGCGGCCUCUCGCCGUGCCCGCCGAUGGCAAGGAAGGGACAGGCACUGUUGUUCGCUCGCCUCGCCACUACACCCCGCCCAAGAGCUCGCCCAGCAAAAUGACCAGCAGCAUCAUCAUAACUCCGGCCAGCACCUCGCCCACCAGGACCACGCCGGCACUGGCAGCACAGGAGGGGUCAGCACCUCGGCCCGCACCCACCCGCAUCCCCAUGUCAAAAGAGAGCAUAAUCAUUCAUCAGGUGCGGAUAACAUCAGCAUGAUGGCCCUCUAACUGGUGGAAGCGUCCUGUUGCUGCCUGUGAUUUUAUUGCACUGCAUUACUGCUGGCUGAACGAAACACUGCCCCAGGUUGCAGCCUCCAAGGUUCCAACUAUAGUUUUGUAUGCUACUGAUCACAUUGGAAGACACUGUAAUCAUAAUCUGUAUUUUUUGAAGAAAUUGUAUUUUAGUUGACCUUUAAAGGAGUAAUCCAUCAUUGCUCCCAUGAUAGUAUGAAGAGCAAUUGAUGCACUGUACCAGGAUAUAGCUCAAUUAGUGAUCCACCAGAGAGGAAGCGUAUUUAAAAAAAACAAAAAGCCCUUUUGAAUUUGUACUUGGAAAAUGAUGCCGUGGUUUGAAAUCACCAUCGCACAUUAUGUUCUCCUUUUAUUCUGACAAGUUAGUAUCCCUUUUAAACAGAAUGUGCAGGAAUAAUGGAAGAUCUGUUAUUCUGACCCAUCCCUAUCAGCAGCCAUGUGUAGUUUUCCCUAUAGCUCAAUUUUUACCUUUCAGGGCAACUUUUGCCAAUUAAUAUGAAUAACUUUAGUUCUGCAGCACCUUUUAUGCCAAAAAAUAUACUUCCACCUGCCCUGUAAGUUCUGAAAAUCCUUUUGAAUUUUAAAUAUGACAACAAUCUAUUGAUUUUUCAGGAGCUAUUUCUUGUGUUGGAACUGCACUUCCUUGAUUGCAGUGAUGGUUCUGGAUCUGGGGGAGCGGUCAGAUUGACUGGUUAACACUGUGCUGCCUGGUUUACUUUUUAUAAAGUUAUACUGUAAAAUAAUCUACAGGUGUCUUGAGAUGUGAUUUUAAAAUUGGCUCCAUAAUGGCUAAAACAUGUCCUUCUACAUCCAAGCCAUGAUAGUGCUUUAUCCUGAGGGAACCCUUUCACUGUGGUUUUAAAAAUCUGCAGUAAACUGUGUCUGACUGCAAGUGCAAUUACGCAUUUUAAAACAAUUAAAGCCUGUAUAUUUAAUUGAGCACUUUAGUCUUUUUUCAUGAUUGUAGUUGGAGUUUGAAUACCCUUUGGUCUGAGCAAUAAUGGUUAAAAUGGGUUUUGAUGGUCCCCCCAUCCCUCUCGCCCCCCCCCCCCUCCUUUUUAUUGUCCUACUUGUUACUGCCAAGAAUCAACAACAUUUAUAAAUGAUUUUUUUCCAGCAGAAAUGCAGGCUUUAAUAUGAAAAUGUAACAGGUCUAACUCUUCAUAGGAUUUCUGUUUGGGAAAUAGGUAGGUGAAAAGAGAAUUCAGGAAACUGAUCAUUUUUGAUUGGGAUGCAUAAUCCACAUAUAAUGCCAUGCUGCUGCAGUUCAGUUAAAAUUGAUAUUCAGCUUAAACAAGGUUGGUGUCUGCCUUGUCAGGUGGGCUAUGUUAUUUUUGAAGAAGAAGAAUGGAAUUCUGUCAUGCUUCCCAUUAGCGACAUCUAAAGAAUCAGGUUAACAUGAUUAGAGACAGAAGAGACUGCAGAUGCUGGAAUCUGGAGCAUAUUGCACCUACCUAAUCUUAACCAUUGUAUUGUAAAAGUUGUGCAAAGUGUGAAAAGUCUGAAAUGUUUGAACAAUGAGACAGUAUAUAUGCAAGUGUUACAAUCAUUAGAACUUUUAAUGAUCUCCAGUAGCACCCUCAUGAGCGUACCAUAUGCUGCAGGGUCUUCACUUGCCACUUUCCAAACUGCCUUUGAAUGGGAUGUUCCUGAAAACUGUAUGAUUGAGGUAUUUUCUCCAAGCACUGAUUAGAAAGCUUCUGCAAAAGGCAACAAAAUCUGUGGAGAGAUACUUCAACCUUUGAUGGAAGCAAUUUCCAUCAGCCCUCUGCUUUCACAAUGCUAAUGGCAAAGCAAGUAUUUAACCCCUUGUGGAGAGAGGAAACCCAGAAAAGAUUAAAAUGUGGACAGCACAUUUGUAAUAGUUUGCACAAGAUUUUCAAGGAUAUUUUAUUGUAACUGUUUUGCUUCCAUUUAAUGUUAUGUUGUAUCUUUUUGCUUGAAUGAGUAAUCAGUUCUGUAAGGGAAUAGGCUCUGCAGUAUAACUGUUCCUCUCAAACACAACCAACACGUGACCAGUAUUUAGCGCAAGGUAGCUUGUCAAUUCCUAUUUCAGCAACCCACCCACACAGCCUUUAAGGUCUCUUUUACCAGCUUAAUGUGAUUCUGUUGUCUUCUUGUGAGGUUUCCUAAUUUCCCCAAAGAAUAAUAAUGGUGAAAAUAAAUCUGGAGGGAGGAAGAAAUUGGAGAAUACGGAGAUAUGAGUGUGCUGGGUGAUAGAAACAGAAAUGGAAAUUUCUUAAACAGGAUUGGCAGUAUCAGGGUCUUUGCUUAAGUGGCUGAUGUAACAUGAAAUAAGUUGAGAGGUGCAGAAUCGGAUGAUUGUGUCCAAACUUGGCCUGAUCGAGCCGUGAAUGUGUUGGCAGGGUGUAUGUGUAGAUAGCCCAUCUGUAUCCAUGCCAUCAAUUUGCCCUAAGAACCACAAUGUGAUUCACUUUAUCGACUUGUGCACACAGGCAGGGAGGCAAGUGCUUGAAUUGUUAUCAAGCCAAUUAGCAUUUAGUAUGUUUGUUACAGCGGCAAUAACUUCACGAACAAAAGGAGCUUUUCUAAAUAAAAGUAAAUGUGUCUGUGUAUCUUCUGUCAUGACGUACAAUUUUUGACAAUUGUUGUUCCAAUAAUUUGAUGAAUAGUUGAUACCCAUCAUACAGGAAACCACCAAGGUUCAGACAUGUAGAAGAAAGAUCAAAGCAAGUCAAGAGCAAGUGACUGCCUUAGUGGAGAUGAUGUGAAUGUGGGAAGGCAGAGUGAUAUGUUUUAACUUGGGUAAGACAAAAACAAACAAUGGUAAUGUUUUUAUUUUAUUGACAAUGAGCAAUUCCAAAAGAGUAAAUCUGGAGGCUCAUGAUUUAAGGAGUGCAUAGUGGAUGAUGAUGUCACUGCAGGAAUGCUUGGGGGCUUCAGAAACAGUUUCUGUUGCAACUGGGAUAGUUCAGUUGUCACAAAGAAAAUAUUCAGCAUUAAAGCAUCAUCUGCCCUUCAUAGUGAAAGCUUUAGAUCUGGAGUAUUUGGGACAUUAUGGGAGUGCAGGGAGCUUCUCAUACUCCCCAAUUAAAUAUAAAACUCUCUUUUGUUAAGUAAUAAUGGUAUAUUGAAAUAAUCAUGAUUCAUUGAGUCUUACUGAUACAAUGUAAUUUUUUAAAGACACAAAAUAAACCUUUUGAAUUUGGCUCUCAAAAUCCUCUGCAAGUGCAUUAAGCAUUGUUUGAUCUAACCUGAGCAGUGUCCCAUGGGAGGAAGCCAGUGCAGGAGAGAAAGUUUGUCAUGGAACAAACAAGGUGCAAGAGAUGCCUCUUUACCUAAAACAAUUUUGUGGUGGAGCCUUCAAAACAUCUAUCAAUUUUGACAGGAAUAUAUAUCUUUUGAUGGUGCUUUAUACCAUAGGACGUGGUCCUUUAUCCAGAUUUCCUAAUUUGAUGAUACAGACUGCAUGAAGGCAAAGUGAGACUGAGGUGCUGCUCAGUUUGCAUUGAAUAAGUCAGAUCUGUUUUGCCAUUGUACCCCUGGCUCUAAGUCUGAUUCAUUGCCCUGGUAAUGUCAUCAAUUUGCAGUAAUGCCCUGCUUGGGUACCCAUGGUUCAAGGGGCUUGGGAUGGAUCACAAGUGAAUUUUCACUUAUUGGAUCAAAGUGAUGCACCAGCACACAGGCUUGACAGUUCUAGCAGGAGGUAAUUGAGAGAUUUGAUAACUGUGGCAGAGAUUCUAAAGGCCAUUGCAAUUGAAGUAAAGACCCUAUUCAAGAUGACAGGGAAUGAAAGGGAGGAGGGUUCAUUUAGUGAUCUGGUUAAAAGUAGACAUAAAAGUGGUAAAUGGUUUUAAUGGAGAUUUCAGAAUUGCCUAGCAGUUAGCUUUUAUAGCUGUUAUAUUGCAAUUUUUAGCAUCUAAAUUCAGGAGCCUAGAUGGAAUGUCAAAGGUGCACCAUAUGUAGUAGGUUAGAGUUGUCAAAUACAACAAGUGUGGCAAAUAAAGUAGGGUAGGAAUUUCACACUGUCAUGUGCUAAAUGUGUCACCUAAUAAUGCUUGGAAAUGAAUUUCAGAAGCAGAAUUUAGUCUGCAUACUUUGUGUACAAAAGGAGGGGGAAUUUCUAUCCUUUGUUUUUUACAAUGGACAUUUAUACUUUAACUCUGAAAACCAUUUCAAGACUAGUCAGAAACUAUAAUGACACUGAGCAGUAGU